GACUUCCGCCCUUAUGGUGGAAAUCGCAUUCAGUAUUGUAAUCGAUAGUAGUAAUUUUUAAAAAUAUAUCUGAUUUUUUUUUUUAUUCUGAGUAAAUUGGAAAAGGUAAAUCGGCGACUGAAUGCUCUCUCGCCUCUCCCCUCUCCUCCGCACUCUACCUCAACCUCCGCCCUCAUCCAUGGCGGCGCGUGUUCUUUCGCGCGCACUCCCCUCCGUCGUGGCUCUCCCUUCGAAGCUUCCGUCUCCGUCGCAUCCUCGUUGUUUUCACAUAGCGACGUCGUAUUCGGGGACUGUCUCUCUCUGCGGGAGGAGGAGAUUUAAUAGUAUUAACAAUUCGUGCAUCGCGCGACGAUUUGGGGGCAGAAAUGGCAGUGUUGUGAUGGCGGCGGCAGGGCGGGAGUACCGGAAGGUCAGGAGCAGAAGAGUGGCGGCCGCGAAGAAGAAUAAGGAGAAGGAGCUGGAGCUGAGUGUGAACAUUUGCCUCGAAGAACAAUUGCCCGAAGAUCCUGAAAUUAUGGAUAUUGCAGAAAUAAUGCGUCUUAAUGUUCCAAUGGCAAUGAAAUUAGUGUUCGAGCGCCUAAGUACUUCAGAACAUAAAACAAGAGAUACCACAAUAAACGAUGUUGGCUGUUUUGAGAGCAUUGAGCUAUCAGUACUUCUUUGCAAUGACGAGUUCAUUCGUAAACUUAACAAAGAGUGGAGAGGUGAAGAUCAUGCUACCGAUGUCCUGUCAAUGUCCCAACAUAUCCCUGAACUCAAACUCCCUAUUCUAAUGUUGGGUGACAUCGUAAUUUCUGUUGAGACAGCUGCACGACAAGCAAGCGAGAGAGGACACACUCUUAUCGACGAAAUACGCAUCCUCGUGGUUCAUGGGCUGCUACAUCUUUUAGGAUUUGAUCAUGAGUUAAGCGAUGAAGCAGAAGAAGAAAUGGAGAAUGAAGAGGAACUUAUGUUGAAAGGUCUUGAUUGGAAGGGGAAAGGACUGAUUCACAGUGCAUAUGAUGCUGGAACUAAUGAGACUCCACAUAAUGACCACUCAGAUGACAGGAAGAGAGAAGGCAGUCUCCGUUUCUACAGACCCAAAUUUGGCUACAUCUUCUGCGACAUGGAUGGUACACUGCUCAACAGCAAAAGUCAACUUUCUUUAUCAACUGCAGAAGCUCUAAAAGAAGCGUCAUCAAGGGGUCUAAAUGUAGUGAUAGCAACUGGAAAAACUCGUCCAGCUGUAAUGAAUAUUUUCAAGAUGGCAAACUUGGGCGGCAGAGAUGGCAUUGUUUCAGAGUCCUCUCCUGGGGUUUUUGUACAGGGACUGCUUGUUUAUGGCAGACAAGGUCGAGAAAUAUUUAGAAGGAAUUUGGAUCCUAGCGUCUGCAGAGAGGCACUUCUCUACUCACUUGAGCAUAAAAUUCCAAUUAUUGCCUUUAGUGAGGACAGAUGCUUGACAUUGUUCCAUCAUCCUCUCGUGGACUCGCUUCAUACUGUAUAUCAUGAGCCAAAGGCAGAGAUUAUACCUUCAGUUGAGCAGCUCCUGACAGGCACAGAAAUACAGAAGCUGAUAUUCUUAGAUAGUGCUGAGGGAGUCGCAAAUACUCUCCGCCCAUACUGGACAGAAGCAAUAGAUGACCGUGCAUCUGUUGUCCAAGCAGUACCAGAUAUGCUUGAAAUUGUUCCACCUGGCACCUCGAAAGGAAGUGGAGUAAAAAUACUUCUUGAUCAUCUAGGUGUUACUCCAGAUGAGAUCAUGGCCAUUGGAGACGGAGAAAAUGAUGUGGAGAUGCUCGAGUUGGCUUCUCUAGGUGUUGCUCUUAGUAAUGGAUCGGAGAAGGCUAAAGCUGUGGCAGAUGUAAUUGGUAUAAGCAACGAUGAAGACGGAGUUGCUGAUGCAAUAUAUAGGUAUGCAUUCUGAGGAUGUCUUUGAUCACAUUUACCGCAAAUAGAUAAAGAUGGAGUUUCGUAAGUCAUUUUUUCUCUCUAUUGAGAGUAUAGUUUUCAACGGUGCAGUAGAGAAAGAAAGGGUCUUUUUUUGCACCUUUUAGUCAAAUUCAUUGAAGAGUCUCGUAAUAUAAGACUUUUGGGCUGUGGUUUACAAUUCUUUUCUGAAUCGAAAAUUUCCAACUGUAACUUAACUUUUCAGUCAUGACAUUCCCUUGAAUGUCUUUUGAUCAGAAAAUUGAAUAAAGAAACUGAUUAUUUAGUUGUGAACUUUAUAUUA